GUGAAAUUUAGACCCUUUUUGGCAGGCCUAUGGUUGCUCUGAAAUACCUCCAGCUCUUGUUUGUCUAGCUUUCUUGCUUCUCUGGAAGAGCUAGAGUUGUUUUAAAUUUGUUUGAUAAAACAGUUUCUCUUUGUAUUUUUUAAUGACGUGUGGAAAAUAUAGGAGUAGCCGAUAAAAAUCAGGUUUUUAGUGUUCUUGCUCUCAACAACAACAAAAAAAACGAUCUAGCUAGUUCUUGACAGGCAUUCAGCCUUUUUUAUAGUAACCGUAUGGCUUCAUUGCGUGCGCGUGACUGCUACAUACCUUGUGUUCGCUAGCUAGCACUCUUGUUUGUCCAUCCAUCAGCAGUAGCGCACAGUUAGCAAUAAUGGCCGGCGCCCAAGAAGCUGGCGACGCCCCUGGUCAUCAGCCGUGCGCGCGGCGCGUGCUGGUGUUCCCGCUGCCCUUCCAGGGCCACAUCGACCCGAUGCUGCACCUGGCGGGCGUGCUCCACGCGCGGGGCCUCGCGGUGACCGUGCUCCACACGCGCUUCAACGCGUUGGACCCCGCGCGGCACCCGGAGUUCCAGUUCGUGGCCGUCCCCGACGGCACGCCCGCCGACGUCGCCGCCAUGGGGAGGAUCAUCGACAUCAUCCUGGCCAUGAACGCCGCCAUGGAGGCGUCGCCGGCCGUCGGGGAGGCGCUGCGGGCGUCCGCGGUCGCGGGGCAGGACGGGCGGCCCCGCGCCUCGUGCCUCUUCGUCGACGCCAACCUCCUCGCCGUGCACAGGGCGGCCAGGGCGCUCGGACUGCCCACGCUGGUGCUGCGCACCGGGAGCGCCGCCUGCCUCGGCUGCUUCCUGGCCUACCCCAUGCUCCACGAAAAGGGCUAUCUGCCUCCGCAAGAGUCGCAGCUGUGCACGCCGGUGCCGGAGCUGCCACCACUCCGAGUGAAGGACCUGAUCUACUCGAAGCACAGCGACCACGAGCUGAUGCGCAAAGUCCUCGCCCGGGGCAGCGAAACAGUGAGAGAUUGCUCCGGCGUCGUCAUCAACACAGCCGAGGCACUGGAGGCAGCCGAGCUAGGGAGGCUCCGCGACGAGCUGGUCCACCUCCCGGUGGUGCUCGCCGCCGGCCCACUCCACAAGCUCUCCUCCUCCAGGGGCGCCGGGAGCAGCUUGCUCGCCCCGGACCACAGCUGCAUCGAGUGGCUGGACGCGCAGCGGCCCGGGUCGGUGCUGUACGUGAGCUUCGGGAGCCUGGCGGCCAUGGACUCGAGCGAGCUCCGGGAGGUGGCAUGGGGUCUGGCGGAGUGCGGCCACCCCUUCCUAUGGGUCGUCCGGCCCAACAUGGUACGAGGCUGCGACGUCGACAGCGCGCGGCAGCUGCCGGAUGGUUUCGAGGACGCCGUCAAGGGCAGAGGCGUGGUGGUCCGCUGGGCCCCGCAGCAGGAGGUGCUGGCCCACCGCGCAGUGGGUGGGUUCUGGAGCCACUGCGGGUGGAACUCGACUCUGGAGGCGGUCAGCGAGGGGGUCCCGAUGAUCUGCAGGCCGGACGCCGUGGACCAGAUGAUGAACACGAGGUACUUGCAGGACGUCUGGGGCGUCGGCUUCGAGCUCCAAGGGGAGCUGGAGAGGGGGAAGAUCAAGGACGCGGUUAGGAAGUUGAUGGGUGAGCGGGAGGGAGCUGAGAUGAGAAGAGCAGCGCAAGAGCUUUGCGCGAAACUAGCAGGCUGCUUGGAGAGCACUGGGUCUUCUCAGGUUGCCAUUGACAAGUUGGUUAGCUACAUUCUGUCUCUGUGAAUCUUCUGUUCUAUGGCGUAUGUGUGUUCCGCUGGGUUAGCAUUGGCAGCAGCUUAACAGCUGGUACUCUUAUAUGGACAAUUAUUCCUGUCAAUUAUAUGUAGUGUUCUCUUUCUCUAGCU